AUGCUGACAAUGGAUGUGCGAGAGCAUCGAGCGCUCAGAGACCCCUCCCAUCAACAUUUCGACGUCACCAUAAUUCUGUCUGCAGAACAGGCCAUCACUGGAGACUUUUUGAUGAACUCCUUCCGGCGUAAUGGAAAACCCUCUUCUUGUGAGCCCUGUCGGUUGAACAAAACAAAAUGCGAUCAUGCUGUUCCAAAGUGCGAUCGUUGCGUUCAACGAGGCAAUCAAAGAGAGCGUCUAAAUACUUCACGGCCAGCGAAGAGGAAGAGGGUCUCUGUUUCUAUAUCUGAUGCCUUUGAUCGAGAUCCUUCUUUGCAGAAAGGGAGAUUGGAUGAUGCGGUUUCCGCUGACAUUUAUCGUGCUGGCUAUUUGGGUCCUACUUCCUACGAGAUCAACUUGCCAGACUAUGAUUCCUCAUUGCCCGCCAACAAUCGAGAAGCUUCGGCAGAGCCUGACAUUGAUCUGGAGAUGUCACACCAGCACCCAUUGAAUAAACCCAUACGUAUGCAGAUGGGUACUGAUGUUUUGAAGACGUUUCGAUACUAUCCAAUCAUCCGAGAGUUGAUAAUGUGGUACUCGUUGCAUUGCCAAGCAGGGACGGUUCCCUUGCCGUUCUCGGUCGGGAUCAUUGAUGGCCUUCAACCUAUAGUGGAUCGCUACAAUCUUGCACAAUCAGCCCCAAGUCCUCAAUUGGUCGGGCUGGUCCUGAAAAACAGCAGCAAACCGUUGGAGAUACCGGUCACGAUGAAGUCGCGCGAUUUGCAUGAGUUAUGCUCAGGCGAGAAUCUGCGAUUAGAUGCCAUUGGAUUCGUGCUUGCUACGGCUGGUAGAGCUCUUGCAUUCGGAUCUUGCACUCACCUAAUCAAUGAGCAAACCCAUCCUGGAUUGAGAUCGAAAAUUGUCGACGAACUGCUAAGGGCCUCAACCUUGUGUAUAACCUUGUGUUCGUUGAUUACCCCCAUAAACGACGUUUUGACGUGGAUGCUGCUUGAUAAUUAUCAUUUGACGAUCAUGGUGUGUGGGUUUUCUGGGCCGCCUUCCUGGAGGAGAAUCGGGGAGCUUGUUAACCAGAUAUAUGCUAUGGGACUCAAUAGAGAAUCUAAUGCACCGGACGUGCCGUCGUGGCUAUUGGAGACUCGACGGAGACUCUGUUGCGGAACAUACAUGCUAGAUAAAACAAUCUCAACAUUCCUCGGGAGACCCAUCGGGAUGAGUAAAAGACAUAUUAACAUACAGAUGCCCCUGGACCUAUCCGAUGAAACGCUGAUGGCAGACGAUGGCACGUACACCAGCGCUGUACAGUCUCUGGAUGAGAAUGGGUGGGCUCGAGACCAGUAUAACCGCGCCUCGUGGGCGCGUAUGCGCUACAUUUCGAGUCAAUUUCUCGAGGAAAUCUUGGAUUUUACGUUCGUGAAAGUUGACAAGAACGCCGAAGAACAACUCCUGAAUAUCUCGAAUCGAAUUCAUGAGUCGUGGGAAGCAUUCCCAGCACAUUUGCGAUACUGGUCCACUUGCUGGGACGAAGGCGUUCUCCCUUCCGUAUGCCUCAUGUUGGUUGUCGUACACCAGACUCACUUCUACAACGAGUUCAUGAUUCGCCGUUUGUUGGCGCAAAAAGAAACCAUCACGUCCAACCUGGAGCUUCUUCGUGUAUCUAUCACUCUACUUACCAACACACUUACUCUCGGGAGACUGCGAGAUCGCAAUUACGACGUGCACAAAGAUUUCAUGCUGCAACUCAUCCUAUUCGGAAUCCCCAGUGCAAGCGUCCUGGCUACCGCCUUACAGGAACAGCAGCGAACGAAUCAUGCCUUUCCGCCUUCCAUAUCACGCGCCAAAAUAAUACGAAAAAUAAGCGUGCUGAUCUCGCAUCUGGAUGUCGCCGUGCACAUGGAUAGUGCGCGACCUGGCGAAGCCAAUUAUAAUCUAUGUAGGAAGGCAUGCAAAGCGUUUACCCGUGUAAUAGAUAACAUCCUGGACCCGAAGAUGGGGAGUGAGACGGGAAUCACACCAACGAGUGCGGAUAUCGAGUUUGAUAUUGGACUUGAUCUCGAUACUUUUGCAGCACCAGGAUUGGAUGCUUUUGAGGGGAUAGACUACGCUGCGGCGGCCAUGGGGGAAGAUGGAAUCAAUUGGGGAGCCGUAUCACAGUGGACGCUAUAG